GGUUUGUGUUUUAGCUUUUCUUUUCUCGCCCAAAAUUUCUUUUUUUCUUUUAUUUUAUAUUUAUACAAUUCAAAUUAGCCUACAAAUGGAUUUGAAGGACCAACUAGAAGCUGAGCGGCGCAGCCGCAAGCAGAUGAAAGAAGCGGCCGUGCCCCAGCAACAACAACCAAGCGAUCAGCAGCGCGCAGGCCCGCCAGGCACGAGCAAAUUCGGCACAGAAGUCAAAUUCGACACAGACCUCUAUGGUACAGGCGACAAGUUUGCCGGCUACGACACAUCAAUUGGCACCGACCCCUCCCGGGACCACACCGAAUUCACGCAACCACAGAAGAGCCGCUUCGGCAUAACAGCCUCGCGAGAGCUCAUCGACGAGAUGCGGGGAACAGAGGAUGAGAACGCGGACGAUCCAUUCAAGGAGAUGCAGCGUGCCAAGGGAAUCAACCGGGUGAUUGGCGAGCGCGAGAGUGAGUAUCAGAAAAGGCGGCAUGGCAGGGAGCUGUCACCUGAGCGUGUCGACGCAUUUGGCAAAGACGGGUCUGCUGUGUCGGGCGAUGCGCUGAGCUACGCUGAGACCAUGCGCAAGGCGCAGCUGGACAAAGAGAAGGCUGAGCUGAUGGCCAAGAUCAAAAAGGCCAAGGAGGAGACUGCCGGAGACAAAGAGUCGACUGAGUCCAGGCCAAAGCGCCGGUGGGACGUGGAGACUCCAGUUCACCCCUCGUCAGCGGAUGGCGUGGAGGCGACGCCAAAGCGGCGCAACCGCUGGGACCAAACGCCGGUCGACAUUCAUGCCGGAGUGGCAGAGACGCCCAGAAGCAGAUGGGACGAGACGCCCAAAGCGCCCAGCAGCAGUGCAGGCGCAUUUGGUGAGACGCCCAGGCGCACACGGUCUCGGUGGGACGAGACACCUGUCAUGACCGGCGCAGCUACAGUGGACUUUGGGGCUACGCCAGCGGGCAAUUACGGGCUGGCAACGCCCUCAGCUGGUCAGAUAGCAGCUGGCAAGCAGCAGGCAGUAGAUGCGACACCAAGUGCCAUGGAUGCGCGUAACAUGUACCAGACCGACGCUGAGCUUGACGCACUGAUGCCUGCAACUGGGUACACGAUUAUGGAGCCGCCCGCGUCCUACAUGCCCAUCCGCACGCCGGCACGCAAGCUUAUGGCGACGCCGGCGCCGAUGCAGGGCUCUGACGGGUUUCACAUGCCCGAGGACUCGCGGCAGCUGGAGCUUGAUUUGCCCCGAGAGGUGCCUGGUAUCGGCGCCUUGCCGUUCUUCAAGCAGGAUGAUAUGCACUUUUUUGCCAAGCUGCUUGAUGGCCAGAGCGAAGACGCCAUGGACGCUGACGAGAAGCGCGAGCGCCAAGUGCUGCGCUUGCUGCUGAAGAUUAAGAACGGCACCCCGCCCAUGCGCAAGGCCGCCAUGCGUCAGAUUGCCGAGCGCGCGCGCGACCUGGGCGCAGCCGCGGUCUUCAACCAGAUUCUGCCGCUGCUGAUGUCGCCGUCGCUGGAGGAGCAGGAGCGGCACUUACUGGUCAAGGUCAUUGACCGCGUAAUGUUCCGCCUGGGCGAUCUUGUGCGGCCGUUUGUGCACAAGAUCCUCGUUGUUAUCGAGCCUAUGCUUAUCGACGAGGACCGGUAUGCGCGCUCUGAGGGCUGCGAGAUCAUCAGCAAUCUCAGUAAGGCUGCCGGCCUGCCCACUAUGAUUGCCACCAUGCGCCCAGACAUCGACCAUGUCGAUGAGUACGUGCGCAACACGACCGCGCGCGCGCUGGCCGUUGUUGCGUCGGCACUGGGAAUUCCAGCACUGCUACCCUUUCUACGCGCCGUGUGCAUGAGCAAGAAGUCGUGGCAGGCGCGCCAGACGGGUAUCCGCAUUGUGCGCCAGACCGCCAUUCUGGUGCGCUCUGGCAUUCUGCCGCACCUGCGCAACCUGGUCGAGUGCAUCGCCCAUGGGCUAGAGGACGAGCAACAGCCCGUGCGCACGACCACAGCCCUGGCCCUCUCUGCACUCGCUGAAGCCGCCGCGCCCUAUGGCAUCGAGUCCUUUGACGCUGUGCUCAAGCCGCUGUGGCUAGGCAUCCGCAAGCACCGCAGCAAGGGACUGGCAGCUUUCCUCAAGGCCAUCGGUUUCAUCAUUCCGCUGAUGGAUGUUGAGUACGCCAACCACUACACGCGCGAGGUCAUGCUCAUUUUGAUUCGCGAGUUCCAGUCGCCCGACGAGUACAUGAAGAACAUUGUGCUCAAGGUUGUCAAGCAGUGCGUGGCCACUGCUGGCGUCCCGCCGCAGUACAUCAAGGAUGAGGUUCUGCCCGAGUACUUCCGCAGCUUCUGGGUGCGCCGCAUGGCGCUCGAGCGCCGUCAGUACCUCCAGGUGGUCGACACCACCGUUGAGCUGGCCAACAAGGUUGGAGGAGCCGAGAUCAUUGGCCGCAUUGUGCUGGAUCUCAAGGACGAGUCGCCCGCCUACCGCAACAUGGUCAUGGAAGCCAUCAACCGCAUUAUCUCCGGCCUGGGCGCGAUGGACAUCACCGGCCGCCUGGAGGAGCUGCUGAUGGACGGUGUUCUGUAUGCGUUUCAGGAGCAGGCCGGUGAGGGCAACAUCAUGCUCGACGGCUUUGGUGUGGUUAUCAACGGCCUGGGGAUCAGGGCCAAGCCAUACUUGCAGCAGAUCACAUCCGCGCUUCUCUGGCGUCUGAACAACCAGAACCCGCAGAUCCGCCAGCAGGCCGCCGAUCUGGUUGCACGCAUCGCCCCGGUGAUGAAGACCUGCGGCGAAGACGAGUUGAUGAGUCGCAUUAGCAUCAUGCUCUACGAGUACCUGGGCGAGGAGUACCCCGAGGUACUCGGCUCGAUUCUUGGCGGCCUCAAGUCCAUCGUCAAUGUCAUCGGCAUGACCGAUAUGCAACCGCCCAUUGGCGACCUGCUCCCGCGUCUGACGCCGAUUCUCAAGAAUCGCCACGAGAAAGUGCAAGAAAACUGCAUCGACCUUGUCGGUCGCAUCGCUGAUCGCGGUGCCGAAUAUGUGAGCGCGCGCGAAUGGAUGCGGAACUGUUUCAGUCUGCUAGAUCUCCUGCGCGCGCACAAGAAGGCCAUUCGCCGCGCUGCCGUCAACACCUUUGGGUACAUUGCCAAGGCCAUUGGGCCGCAGGACGUGCUGGCCACAUUGCUCAAUAACCUCAAAGUGCAGGAGCGUCAGAACCGUGUCUGCACCACCGUGGCCAUUGCCAUUGUCGCCGAGACCUGUGCCCCCUUCACUGUGCUCCCCGCUCUGAUGAACGAGUACAGAGUGCCUGAGCUCAACGUGCAAAACGGCGUGCUCAAGUCUGUGUCGUUUUUGUUCGAGUACAUUGGUAAUAUGGGCAAGGACUAUGUCAAUGCUGUCACGCCGCUGCUGGAGGACGCCCUGGUCGACCGCGAUCUGGUCCACAGACAGCAGGCAGCCUCAGUUAUCAAGCACCUGGCACUGGGCGUCGCUGGACUCAACAACGAGGAACCUGUUUUGCAUUUGCUCAACUACCUAUGGCCGAACAUCUUUGAAACCAGCCCACAUUCGAUAUGCGCUGUGCUUGAGGCCAUUGAGUCGUGUCGGGUUUGCCUGGGUCCCGGCCGCAUCCUGCAGUAUUCGCUGCAGGGCUUAUUCCAUCCUUCCAGGAAAGUGCGCGAGGUGUACUGGCGCAUCUACAACAUGAUGUUUGUCGGUGCGCAGCCUGCCCUUGUGGCAUUCUACCCGCGCAUCGAGGAUACCGAGCAAAACACAUACCGGCGUUACGAGCUCGACUAUAUCAUUUAAAACACUUUUUUGGAAACACAGAAACAAGCAACCACGAAUAAAUGAACAAAUGAACAAACGUAUU